AUGGAUUGCACUGUUAAGGCCGCAUUACAAUCUCUGGUGCUCUGUGUUAUUCUUUGGAUUAGCUGCAUCGAAGCAAAACGGUGGCGUCUGACGGAGGAGGAAGAUGCAAAUUUAGAGAGACAAUUGAAGAUCCUCAACAAACCCUAUGUUAAGUCCUAUAAGGUUGCAAACGGGGAUAUUAUUGAUUGUGUUGACAUCUACAAACAACCGGCUUUUGAUCAUCCUCUCUUAAAGAAUCACACGCUUCAGCAGAGACCCAGUUCAGCUAUCAAGAAUGCGGUCAAUGGACCGUCAGAAAACGGAAAGCAUGAGCUUGGCGUAAAGGAAAGUUGCCCAGAAGGGUAUGUUCCUAUAAGGCGUACUCGGAAAGAAGACUUGAUAAGAGCAAAAAAGUAUGCUCAACACCUUCAACUUAAAAGAUCAAAUCAUGUACAGUCAAACAGCCGUGCCGGAAAUCAUUAUGCGAUCCUCGGCUGGUUUGGUGGUCCGCUGAGGUUCUACGGUGCAGAGGCUCUUAUGGAUGUAUUCAAUCUUCCAGGUGUCGUAGACGGUCAAUUCUCCUCGGCCCAGAUAAUCCUUGAGAAAGGAGACGGUGGUCCUGAGGAUUACAUAAACACCAUCCAAUUUGGAUGGGAUGUAGACCACAAACUCAACGGCGAUAACCUUACUCAUUUCUUCAUUUAUUGGACUUCGGAUGAUUAUCAGAAGACAGGUUGCUUCAAUCAACUGUGCCCGGGUUAUGUACAGAUCAGUCAGAAAUUUUUCCCAGGUGGUGUUCUUCAGCCGGGGCGAGGAGCAAUCAAACUUACAGUUCUGAGAGAUCCAUACAACUUAAAUUGGUACUUGCUGACUGGAACUGAAGUAGUAGGGUAUUUUCCGAAGCAAAUCUUCAACAACAUGGCAGAUUCCGACCAAGUUGAAAUGGGCGGGAUCGUCCACAAGCCGGAGAGCAUGCAUUUCAGCCCGCCUAUGGGCAAUGGCGCUUUCCCUGACAAUGCGAGAAGCGCUUGCGAGUACAAACAAAUUGUCUUCUUCGAUGGAGCCGGGAACAGCUAUCAACCGCGUAGUACUGCUUACCGCUAUCACGAUGUCCCAAACUUCUAUGGUCUCUCUGACCCCAAAAACUAUAGUGGUGACGACGGAUAUACGUUCCAAUUUGGAGGACCAGGAGGAUACAUCUAUGCAUAGUUAUGUUGCUUUUAUAUUCUUUCAUCAAUAAACUCUUUGUUAAAAGGUUAUGAUAUGUUGAACAUGAACUCGUUCUCAAAGAUACUCCUUUUGUUGAAGUGAUUGUCACCGUAAUCAAGGAACAGGAGGUCCAUAUCAUCUCCGUUUCAUCUUUUU